AACAAUUAUUUGUUAUGAGCAAUAGUUCGCUCGAGCCAGCAAUACACAACAUACACAGAAGACAAUCGCUGUUUACUUCAUAGAAGGAAUGUAUAAGGUUGUCUUCAAACUGUAUAAGACUUCCAGUUAGACUCCUAAAUCAGUUUUGUAUAUACGCCAAAUGUUUGGUGUCCAUAAUGUUCGAAUUUCAAGUUUGUGAAAAUUGUGUGAGAGCCGAAAAUGUAUGGACUACAUAGUUUUUUGUUGUGCUGGAUACUGUUGUAUGAUUGUGUACAGGCAGAAUUCUACAACACAGACGGUUUCAGCCCCAUCAAAGAAGCUCUAGAAGUAUGGCGGCCGAGAUCCCCCAGGGUAGCAAUUCAGACUGCUAGCGAAUUGGACUGUGACAGACCAGAAGUUUAUAUUUGUGAGGAACCCCCUGAUGCCAUACCUCCAGAUAACCUAGCGACCUGCAACUACCGUAAUGUGAACUACCAGCAGCAGGUCUACCAGUGGGUGGCUGGCUGGGGCUGCCUCAUAUACACGCCAGACUUCCUCUACGUCGGCGGCUCCAACCCUCUCAAUAUGAGCUCCAGCUGUAUCUAUGGCACUUCAUACGCUCCAUGCUUGGAAAUUGCAAAAGAAGACGGCACAUGUGGUUGCUUUCCAUUCGACCCGAACCUUGUCGAAGUGGCGACCGCUGUCCAGAAUGCGUUGGUCCCGUCAGUCCAGGGACGAUGGGAAAGAUGCUUCAACGCCGCCAAAGACUGCUGCUUGCAACACAUGCUGGAAACUCAACUCGAAGACAGCUCUACGAAUCAAACAGGAUGUGGCACGACCUUCGACGCAUGGACCUGCUGGUACAAAGCCAGUGCUGGCUCCACAGCCUCGGAAGUAUGUGCAGAGUUUGCAUACUCCAACGUAGGACCAUCAUGUCACCAUUUCAGCAGCAAGCAAUGCAACGACAACGGUAUUUGGGAGUUACAAACGGACUACAGCACUUGCAGCAUUGCCCCGCGACUUCUCCGUCGGUACAAAUACCACAUCGCCAUGCUGUCCUUCUCUUGCAUCAGCUGUUUGCCCGCUGUCUUCAUCUUCUUCUUCUACAAACGUCUGCGCAUCACCAGGGUAGCACUGCACCGGAAUCUACUGAUUGCUAUUAUACUGAGGAAUAUUUUAGUCAUUGUCAGCAGGAGUGAAAUCUACAUGGAUGAACUUACAAACUCCGGAGACACAGUUAUGUCUGUGAACAGCAUAUGGUGUCGCAGCAUCAGUAUUGGGGAACGAGUGGCUGCUAACGCCGUCUUCAUCUGCAUGCUGGUGGAAGGCAUAUACUUGCAUAGGCUGAUCGUGGCUGUGUUUAAGAAAAAGUUAAAUGUAAGGUGGCUGUACGGGUUUGGAGCUGUUCUCGCAAUAGCCCCCGUAGCGGCCUGGGCCAUUGUUAUGGGUUUAUACGACAACCACUCCUGUUGGCUCAUCUACACCACUGGUUACGCCCAAUGGAUCCUCGACACGCCAAGAAUCGCCAUAUUAUUGGUCAAUACCGUCCUCUUCCUUCAUGUGAUGAGGGUGUUGUUGACCAAAGUCAGGAACAGUGAGAAUGCUAACCAGUUGAACACAACAAAAGCAACAUUGUUCUUGAUGCCGAUCUUCGGAGUCCAGUUCCUGUUGACCGCAUUCAGGCCGAACACCACCAACUGUACCGGUGAACAGGCGUACUACUACGUGGCUUACACAGUCGAGGGACUGCAGGGGUUCAUUGUAGCUAUGCUGUACUGUUAUGUCAAUAAAGAGGUCCACAUGCUUUUGAAAGUGACAUACAAGAAGACGGAAUCGUAUGUAUCCCGAGUUAGAGGUGAUUCUAUUGCCCCACGAGUGAGCACGAAUCCAGACCGAAGAUUGACCUACAGUACCGGACUUCCAUCAAAUGAAAAUUCCAAACCAGAUUAUGCCAUAAUCAGACCCAGUUUACACGUCGCAGAAAUAAUAUCGAUACAAGCGAGUGAAAGAUUAGCAGAUAUACUAGAACCAGUUUAUGAAACUAUUGAAAGUGGCGUGACUAAUGAUGCUUAUGAGUCAUUUGAAGACAGCGCCCCUAAAAGAGAGUCUCGCAUGCCUUUUCCGAUGGAUGGCCCAAACUGGAUUCAUUGUGUCUCAUCCCCAAAUAGUAGUGUUUAUAAUAAUUCCAUUAAUGAUUAUGAUGUUGUCCACUUAGACAAGAAAAUUCCUACUUAUGCUAAAGUACAAGAAUACGGACGAGAGAGGAAAUCUGGUCGGGAAAGCACUAUGGAAACUCUUUCAGAAGUUAGCCCUAUAUCUGAUAUAGACGAAAAUACAGCAAAAUCAAUUGAUGAACAAAUUCCGAAAACAGGUCAUCCAGUUGCCAGUAAAUCUAACAACGAAGACAUUCCGAGUGAUAUUCAGCUGAAUAAUGAGGAAGAAGACUUGGUCGAAGAAAUAAUGCAAUAUAUUGUUAAUAAUGAUAACAUAGACAUUGAACUGAAUCCAGAUCUUCUGAGCCCCAAUCGUAAAUUAGAUGAUAAAAUAGUUUUUGUUGAUAAGUGAAUGAGCUUCAUUUGCCUUCAAAAAUUUAAAACGUACCGAUAUUUUUAUGAAAAGCAAUUAAGUUAAUAAAGGUAUAUUUUAUCUUUUA